CAGCAAAGUACAAGUAGCAAAAGUGAAGGUAAGCAGCAAAUGAAAGUAGCAAAAGUGAAGGCAAGCAGCAAAGCAAAAGUGGCAAAAGCAAACAAUAAAAAAAAAGCAGCAAAAGUAAAAGCAAAACAACAAAGCAAAA